AGCCUUUAGUCUGUAUUAUCGGCAUGACAAAUUUUCUAACCCUAUACGUGAUAUUUUUCAGAUUUUUAUAACUUUUGAUCCGUUUGAGAACGACACUUUUUUCUUUCAAAAUCGCGUCCUACGCAACAAAAUAUACAAUUGUGUAAAGUUUGAGCGAAAUCUAAGGUGUUGUCGGUCUUUUAAAUAAUUACCUUUAUUUUAUUCUAGAUUUAUAUUGCGGACGUUGUAAAUUAAUAUAAUAAAUAAAUAAGAACAAUAAUAACUAUACUGAUGAUAUUAAUUUAACUGUUCUAACCUUCAAAUUCUUGGAUUUAUCGGCAUAUCAGAUUUGUUUUCUGUGAAAUGCCACGUUCGAAAGUUUCUGAUCUACUUGGUGUACUCAAGGGAGCGCAAAAUGUAGCAAAUGCUUUGAUAAAACAUCAGGAAGAUGCAGUCAAGUACAGAAUCAUGCAUUCUAGUUUAAAGAAUAUACCAAAGAAAUAUGUACAAGCCACAGAAAAGCAAUUGAACAAUAUAGAACCAAGUAAGAUUUCUGAACAGAUAACUGAAAACUUAAAAGAAGCAAUGGAACGUAUUAGUGUGGUUGAAAAAGGUAUUAGACAAUAUAUUGCUGUAAAUAUUAAUCAAACUUUGGAUAUUAAAACCAAUUCUUAUGUUCCUGAAAAGGAAACAAAACUAUAUGUGUAUAAUGUUGCAAAAGAUCCUAAAGAAUUGCUAGGCACUGAAAAGACCACAGUACCUAAACAUGAAACAAACAAAUCUGUGGUACAAGAAGCUUCAAAAGAUACACAGAAUAAUAACAUGACAUGGAAACAUAUGACAGUAAAGGAGAAGAUUCAGACUAUUAGCACUUCAAAUAAUCAGGUACCUGAUAUAGAAUUUUCUAAUAAAGACAAAGAAAUCUUAAGAAAGUUGGAACUGGAGCAUGAGAAAAAUAUCCAAAGUAAAACUGCAGAUUCAGUCUCUUCCACCAGUAUUAAAGCACAAGAAAAGAAACAUGUACAUGCGAAAGCAGAACUUGAAGGAAGACUGGAAGCUAAAUUACUUGUUAAGCCAAAGCAAUCUUUAUCACCUACCGCUAGAGAGAGGAAAGUUCCUUCUACGAGAUUGCAAAGAAUGGUGAGCUUUGGAACCUUGGGUGUUGGUCUUGGUAUCGGUACAGUCGCUGAAUACACACGCAGAACGUUAGGAAUAAAGGAGCAGAGCAUUGGAGAUACAGUAGACAACAUGUUUCUCACUAAAGCCAAUGCAGAGCGGAUUGUCUCAACAUUGUGCAAAGUGAGAGGUGCAGCUUUAAAAAUUGGUCAAAUGUUGAGCAUCCAGGACAAUAACAUAAUCAGCCCCGAAUUGCAGAGAGUCUUUGAGAGGGUCAGACAGAGUGCUGAUUUUAUGCCAACAUGGCAAGUAGAGAAAGUAUUGGCAGGCGAACUUGGACACGACUGGAGAAGCAAACUGGCGACUUUUGAGACGAAACCAUUUGCGGCAGCUUCCAUUGGACAAGUGCAUCAUGGUACAUUGCUGAAUAAGCAGGAUGUGGCGAUCAAGAUCCAAUAUCCAGGUGUGGCUUUGGGUAUCCAGAGCGACAUUGAGAAUUUAGUGGGCAUAAUGAAGGUGUGGAACAUGUUUCCGGAGGGAAUGUUUAUAGACAACGUGGUAGAAGUCGCGAAGAGAGAACUCACGUGGGAAGUGGACUAUGUAAGGGAAGCGGAAUGUACAAAAAAGUAUAAGGAAUUUGUAGCAUCUUACCCGGAGUACUACGUGCCUACAGUAAUAGACGAACUCUCAACGAGUCAAGUGUUCACGACGGAAAUGGUAGACGGUAUCUCCGUUGACAAAUGCGCGGACAUGGACGUUAAGAUUCGCGAACGUAUCAGCGAGCUGCUAAUGCGACUGAGCCUGCAAGAGCUGUUCGAGUUUCGAUACAUGCAAACCGAUCCAAACUGGUCCAAUUUCUUCUACAACCUCGACACAAGACAGUUGAUCCUGUUGGAUUUCGGAGCAUGCAGAAAUUACGAAAAAGCGUUUAUGGACAAGUACAUUGAAAUUAUUAAUGCUGCGAGCGAGGGGAAUCGUGAUAAGGUUCUAGAAUUGUCGAAAGACAUAAAGUUUCUCACUGGAUACGAAUCAAAGGUCAUGGAGCAAGCUCACGUGGAUGCGGUUAUGAUUCUUGGGCAAGUAUUCGACGAGAAUCACGAGUAUUACGAUUUCGGUGGUCAGGACGUCACGAAGCGGAUUCAGACUUUAGUGCCAACUAUAAUAACUCACAGAUUGUGCCCGCCGCCCGAAGAGAUAUACAGCCUGCACAGGAAACUAUCGGGAAUAUUCCUGCUAUGCGCGAAACUCAGAGCUAAGAUCAAGUGUCGCGACGUGUUUCGCGAGGUUUAUGCUAACUAUAAAUUUGGAUAAUAUUAAUGUUUUAACGUAACAAAAAAUGUAUAUGCAUAUAUAUUUCUGUUAUAUUAGGAAAAAAAAAUAUAUAAUGUGUAAUUGUUAUAUCAACAUUAGUAUGUUGAUACAAUCGGCAUACGUACUUUAUUUUGUGUAGACAUAUUUUGUAGUAAAAUUGAAAUACAUUG